ACAGAGAGAAAGUGAAUUCAUCAGAGAAACAAAGGAAAUAAGAAAAGAAAGAAAACUUUCUUUUUCGGCGGAAAACGAGAGAAAGUGGAAAGAAAAAGCUCAAACUGAAAGAAAAUGGCGUUGUACGUGGACGAAGAAGAGGUUUGGAAGUGUCCCAAACACCCAUCUAAGCGGCGGAGGAGUGGAAUUUGCCCAAUUUGCCUCCGCGACCGUCUCGUUACUCUCUGCCCUGACUGCGCUAACGUGCGCCCCUGCUCCUGCUGCGCCACCAGCUCCUCCUCAUCUUCCUCUUCGUCCUCCUCCUUCUCUCGAUUCUCUGUCGCGGGCGACGGCAUCGGCACGGUUGGCCGCGUCUAUAACCUCAUCGAGCGUGAGCCUGAGCUCAGGCGCUCGCGCUCGAUGGCGAUUCCGUUUCUCCGGUCGCGGUCGAGGUUCUCCGGCGGCGGCGGCGGCAACAGGGAUUUGGAUCCUGAUAGCACGAGGGAUUCGCCAGCGUUGAACGGGAGCAGGUCGGCGAGGUCGUUUUGGUCAAUGUUCAAGCCGCAGAAGAGUACUAGAGGCGGCGCUCCGGAGCAGGACUGGGAGGCGAAGAAGGUAUUGACGGAAGAACGCGACAGCGAUGUGAGUAGAAAGGCGGUGAUGGCGAGGUCCAGAUCGGUGGCGGCGGUUUCCGGCUCCGGCGAUGGAGAGUUGAGACCGCGGACGAAGGGAAGGGGGUGGUUCUUUCCGAGCCCGAUGAAGGCUUUCCGGCAAAUCAAGGUGUCUAAAGUGGUUUUGGAGCGGUCUCCUUUGUAUAGAGGCUGAAAUUUUGUAGAUUAAGAAAUAAUAAUAAUAAUAAUAAUAAUAUUAAUAACUACACUUUAUAUUAACUCAAAAAUAAAUAAUUAUAAUUUUCUUUUGUUUAAGUUUGCUAUUGAAAAUAAUCUUCAUCCUAAUCCUAGUGUUAUAUGCCUCCCUCCCUUAAGGUUUUGCUGGAAAUAUUGAAUUUACAAUACAAAUACAAACAGCAAUAGAAAGAGUAUUGUUGAAUUUUUUAUUUUUGAAGCUAUUUCUGAAUUUUAGUGAAUGUUCACCGGAGAUUAUGGCCUCUGUGGUGUAUAUUUUUCUCUUACGAAAUUGUUCCUUUUUUUAAACUUUUUUUAUGUUUACUAUUAUUUGCUUUAGUGCAUUAUGAAUCUCUAAGAUAAGAUUUAUGAUAUGAUUUGUGUAUUAUAUGAAGGCACCACUGUUUAGGGGGGGCAUGAUUAGGCUGUACUGUGUUGCUUGGUUGUGACUUAUGAGGUUAGCUGCCUUACAAUUCAUGCAAAUGGUCGUUAUUUGA